UAUGAUUAUCGACGAGCAAAAGAAAUAGGAACCAUAAUAAUGGUUGUUCUCUAAAUGAAAUUUUUUAAAGUAAAUACUAAAAAGUCAAUUUAAAGUUUAUUUUUUGUUGAAGAUUUUACAGCCUGUUUAAUACUAAAAUAUCAUCGAUAUAAUUUUUAAAAAAUAAUUAUGAAUAAGACACCCUCAAAACACACUGAUAACUCUUAUAUUUUUACAGCAAAAGAAGUAACUUCACCUAACAAAGACAGUCCUGGCAUAUGUAGAACAGUAUAUACCCACGUUGCCAAUUUACACAAUUUACUUAGCGAUUGGGAGAAAUUGAAGGAAAAAGGCACUAAAGUAACCAAGUCUGUGUCAGCUCUAAAGCUCCAUGAAUGUACGGAUGACUAUUAUCCACAUCAGCUGCAUCCUCUAAUGGAGAUGCUUCUAGAAGCAUUAAAUGGACUCCGUAAUAUAGUUGAAGGAGUGAUAAUAAUUAACAAACAAUUAAAAGCACUUGCUGUACUUGACAAAUCAAAUGAUGGAGUAAUAUUUACAUGGACCAUUCAAAAGUUCUCAACAACUGUAGAUGAAAUAUGCACCACUUUAUGUAAAGAAAUUCAUUUAAAGGAAAUAGUUACAGAAAACCUUGCACACUGUAGAAAUGAAAGCCUUAUAGAAGUGUAUGUGUCUGCGUGGGAACUAGAAGCAUAUUACAACAUUGAAAUGAGCGCUUACUUAUUCGCAGAUAUAGGAUUGUUGGGUAUUCCAUAACAAUGAAGUAAGUGCUCGAAAAAUAUUUUCCCCGUUUUCUAUGGGUGUUUAAAAAAUUCUAAAAAAAUAUUUACUUUAAUGUAUUC